UCUUAGCUCAUUGUUUCUCUCUCACUCUCUGACCUCCAUUAACAUACCUCCAAGCUUACAAAAUACUUUUCAUUUUAAAAAUAUUAACAAAAACAGACAUGGUCCCAGGGAUGUUCAGACAUCUGUUAUUAGCGUUUCUUAGUAGUUUUCUGAUACAUGCGCAGGAUCAACCAGGCUUCAUCAAUAUAGAUUGUGGUUUACCAGAAAAUUAUAGCUAUCCUGAAAAUGAAACCGGUCUAGCCUAUACAUCGGAUGCAGCCUUCAUUGACACUGGCAUCAGCAUGAGCGUGUCACCUGAAUUCGUAAGUGAUAACCUGUGGCAGCCACUUAAGCAUGUCAGAAGCUUUCCUCAAGGAAUCAGAAACUGUUACAAUAUAGAACUAAGCAGAGGUAAUAAGUAUUUGAUUCGAGCAAAUUUCUUCUACGGAAAUUAUGAUCUCCAACGUAGAGUGCCAGAGUUUGAGCUGCAUCUUGGAGCUAAUUUGUGGGAUAUCGUGAGACUGCCUGAUGCAUCUACUUGGAUAGUCCCGGAGAUCAUACAUGUACCAUCGUCAAAUUCUCUCUCCCUCUGUCUAGUGAACACAGGAUUUGGUACACCUUUCAUAUCAGCAAUAGAAUUAAGGCCGUUGAGAAAUAUUAUCUAUGAAAUUCAAUCUGGAUCACUGGAACGCUAUUGGCGGUACGACAUUGCUUCAUCAACUAAUCAAAUAUUCAGGUAUAAAAUAGAUGAAUAUGAUCGUACCUGGUGGCCUUGGAAUUACGAAGCCUGGGAUCAGUUAAACUCCUCGCUUUCCAUUGACUCCCGAAAUAAUGAUUUCAAACCACCAUCAGUUAUCAUGGGAACUGCUGCAGUGCCAAAAAAUAACAGCAUGCCCUUGAGUUUAAUUUUACAAGCAAGGAAUCAGACCAACAAAUUUUAUGUCUAUAUGUACUUUGCUGAAGUUGAAAAGCUCCAAGCAAACCAGUUCAGACAGUUCAACAUAUCUCUUAACGGACAACAUUGGUCUGGACCUCAUUCUCCUGCCUAUUUAGAAGCAUCUACGGUCUAUAAAACAUCACCAUUGACAGGCCAACUAGAGUACGAGUUUUUAAUCCACAAAGCAAGAAAUUCAUCGCUUCCACCAAUAAUCAAUGCCAUUGAGGUAUACAAGGUGAACGAACUCCCACAACUACAAACAAACCAAGAUGAUGUUGAUGCCGUUAAAAAUAUCCAAUCAACAUAUAAAAUCAAGAGAAACUGGCAAGGAGAUGCUUGUGCUCCUGAAGCUUACUUGUGGAACGGUCUUAACUGCAGUUACAAUGAUUCACCAAGAAUAAUCUCCAUGAAUUUAUCCUCAAGUGGAUUGACAGGAAACAUAGCUCCUUACAUAUCAAAUCUCUCAAUGUUACAAUUCCUGGAUUUGUCAAACAAUAGUUUAGUGGGAGAAGUGCCUGGCUUUCUGUCCAAACUGCCACUCUUGAGGGUCCUAAAUUUGAAGAAAAACAAACUCGUAGGUUCAGUUCCAGUUGAACUCAUCCUAAGGUCAAAAGAUGGUUCACUAAUACUGAGUGUUAGCGGAAAUCCGGAUCUUUGUUCAUCAAUUUCAUGCAACAAUAAGGACACAAAAGUUGUUGCUCCAGUGGCUGCAUCCGUGACUACAUCAUUUGUUCUCAUCAGUGCCUUGGCUGUCUUCUUGUAUUUUAAAAGGAGAAAGCAACAAGCAGGGAAGACGGAUGGUGAAUUUCAUAGAGCAAACGCAGAAUUGGAGUCGAAGAAUCGACUGUUCACUUACUUUGAGGUCAUGAGGAUUACCAACAACUUGGACAGGAUUCUUGGCAAGGGAAAGCAUGGAACUGUUUACCAUGGUUACUUAGAUGGCACUCCUGUUGCCGUGAAAAUGCUCUCUUCAUCAUCAGUCCAAAGCUACAAGCACUUUCAGGCAGAGGUAAAGCUUCUUCUAGGAGUUCACCACAGAAACUUGAUAAAUCUUGUUGGGUAUUGCAAUGAAGGUGGACUCAUUUAUGAAUACAUGGCCAAUGGCAGCUUAGAGGAACUUCUGUUAGAUAGCAGCAAACAUUUCUUGAAUUGGGAGGGGAGACUACGAGUAGCAUUGGCUGCAGCACAAGGACUGGAAUAUCUACAUAAGUAUUGUAAGCCCACCAUGGUACACGGAAAUGUGAAACCCAGUAACAUCUUAAUAAAUGAUGAAUUUCAAGUCAAGCUAGCAGAUUUUGGGUUAUCCGGGACCUUUCCAAAUGAUGAAGGCACUUUCUUGACCUCUGCUGCUGGGACAUCAGGGUAUCCUGGUCAUGAGUAUUCAGAUUCAAAGAGGUUAAGCGAGAAAACUGAUGUGUAUAGCUUUGGGAUUGUUCUUCUGGAGAUGUUCACAGGCCAACCUGCUAUUUCAAGAACAUCUGAGAAGGCUCAUAAAGAUCUAGUUGAACGAUUGAGUUAUAUGCUUGCAAAAGGAGAUAUUGAAAAGAUUGUUGAUCCAAGAUUAAAAGGAAACUUUGGCACUCAAUCUGUCAGAAAAGCUUUAGAGAUAGCAAUGGCUUGCAUUUCUGCAGCUGGGACUGGAAGGCUAACCAUGGAUGUGGUAGCAAUGGAAUUGAAUCAGUGUUUAGCAGUUGAGAUUGCUCAAAACAAAAAGGACCAUGAAAGCAAAGCAAAAGGUUCGAUUGAGAUGAUCACUGUGAAUUUGGACGAUGAUGAAUCAAUUCUAUUAGGAAGGUAGUAGUUUCACUCAUGCUAGAUCUUAAUAUUUUUUGUGCAUUCACAUUAUUCGAUUUUACAAAAUGAUAUCAUUGAGAGGAAAAUCUCACAAAUAAAUUUGUUAAAGCCA